GCGAGAUAAUUAGAUAUAACGUACUUUAAGGAAUAUAUCAAGCAUGGCACACAUUCAAUUUGAUAAGAGAUUCAUUAUUAAUGGUGCUGGAGUUGCCGCAGUGGGCAUCGUUGUGGUGUGUAUUCUCAAAACACAAGGUUUCAAAAAUAGCAUUAUAGACUUUUUUAAUAAAUGUAAAACAUCCAUUUUUAAAUGUAGAAAUUUACACAAUCAAAGCCAUUCACACAGAAGUAAUUCGGGAGAUGGCGUCCGUAUGUCAUCCUCUCCACAGAGACGAAGCUUUACAGGGGAGGAACUCAUGAUGUACGACGGCGUCAGGAAUGAACGAAUUUUAGUCAGUCUUCGGCGGAAGGUUUACGAGGUGGAGAAGUCUCUCUACGGUCCUGGGGAGACUUAUCACAUAUUGGCAGGCAAAGAGGCAUCUCGUUGUGUGGCAAAAUCGAUUUUAGAUGAAAAACAAACAAAUAAGAACUGGUCAGACUGCACCGAAGAGGAGUUGCAUGCACUCGAUGAGCACGUGAUGCUAUACGAAAAAAAGUACCCACUGGUAGGAUGGUUUAUACCAAAUGACAACUUUUAUGAAAUUUGAUCGGCUCAGUCUUGUGUACAUCUGAACAAAGUAGGUUAGUAGAAAGUUCAAUCACAUUUUCCAGAAAUGAUUCAACUGUAGACACUAAUAAAGUCAUCACCGUAAUACACAACAAAAGAAACAGUAUCAUGUUUCAUCACAAUCUCAAACUCUAAAGCAAGUAUAUCUUUACAUUUCCUGUUACCCUACUUAUUUGCAAUGUGUAACCGGCUUCUUGGCAUAUACUAAAUAAAGAAAAAUAAGACAUUACAUUUUUUUUUGUAUGAUUAGUUUCAUUUUUGCGAUACUGCUGUGAACUAUAUUCUAAUUUUACCAAUGAAGGCAUCUAGACUUUCUUUCCAAUUGUACAAACAAACCUAUUAUACUCCCUAUACUUACUAAUUUGGAUACAGAGCUAGAAGCUUGGGUAAGUCUUAAAAUUAUAGACAUCAUUGCGCACACAAACAUGCGACUGAAACGGUCUAAACCCCUCUAAUGUAUGAAAGCUGGUUAAUGAAUUUAUCAUUAUUAUUUCUUUUCAUUUGGAAAAGAAAAAUGUGAUUAUGUGAUUUCAUAUAUAGCAGCUUCUUCACAGUUGUAUUGUAAAAAAGAAACAUAGAAUCAUCACGUAUAAUUUUUAUACCAUUUAUACAUGUUAAUGAAGCCUAUUAUUUUUUCUCUUUUUGAUUCUCCCACUUCACGUGUCGAUUUAGACUCCGAAGAAG